UGUGGUUUUUUUAGCCAGCACUUCACAUUUCUACCCAAACUGUAAAAGUACGCAUUUUGCAUUGCAGUUCACCCCAGCCUCUUGUGCACCUCCUCACUGGUGGAGCAUGGGAAACUGAAAAGUCCUUGGUUUAAAGAAGCCUGACAAAUAGAAAAAUACUACAAAGUGAAGAGAAAAUUUACUUCAUGAGAACUGAGCUCUGCUUUCAUUUGCUUUUAAAUUUAUUUAUAUUAGUAGCUGAUUAGUGUCAGAUCAUCUCUGUAGUCUGCUGUGGUGAAAUUACUAGGUUAAGCCUGGAAAAAAUGAAACAGUUAAAAAGAAAAAGAAAAAGUAAUUUUAGUGUUCAGGAAACUCAAACUCUCCUUAAGGAAAUCAGAAAAAGGAGAGAAGUACUCUUUUCAAAGCAACUUAAUACAACAAUUAAUGAGAUGAAACGGAAAGCUUGGGAGGAAAUAGCUGAGUGUGUCAAUGCUGUAGGUGAAGGAGAGCAGAGAACAGGGACAGAAGUGAAAAGGCGAUACCUUGACUGGAGAGCACUCAUGAAGAGAAAACGUCUGAAUGCAAACAUCAAAGUAGUGGGUGCUGGGUUUCACCUUCCUUCAUCCAAUUUAGAUGACUCUCUCAAUGAAGACAUGGACGAGAAAAUGGGAUUUGCAAUUGAAUCUAGUUUUGAAUGGCAAAAUAUGACUGACUUCAGAGAAGCCGGUGGAUCUUUAACAGAAAUCAAAGUAGAAGAGGAAGAGGAGGAUCCGCAGAAUUUCGAAUUUCCUAUUGAGGAAGAAGAAGAAAUAUUGUCGUCAGUUCUGCCAGAUUCGAAAAAGGAAAAUGACCUACCAGACUUCCCCCACAUUGAAGAGUUUGGAAAUCUGAGCUCUGCUCAAGCUAGGCUAGCCUAUGAAGAUUCUCACUUGCUUAUAAAUCUGGAGAAGCAAAAGGUGGAGCUGGAGAAACAGCGACUGGACAUCGAAGCUGAAAGGUUGCAAGUGGAGAAGGAGCGCCUGCAGAUUGAGAAGGAGCGGUUGCGGCACGUUGACUUGGAGCGUGAGAGGCUUCAGAUUGAGAAGGAGCGACUUCAGAUUGAGUGGGAGAAGCUCAGGCUAGAGACUCUGCAUGCUGAAAAACCUGCUCUGGAAAAUGACCUUACCCAAACUGAAAAACCCAUCAUGCAGCCUCUGGAUCUAGAAACUGAAAAGUUAAAACUUGAAAAGGAACGUUUGCAGUUAGAGAAAGAGAGGCUGCAGUUCCUAAAGUUUGAGUCAGAGAAGCUGCAGAUUGAGAAGGAGCGCUUGCAAGUGGAGAAGGAGCGCCUUCGAAUUCAGAGAGAGGGUCACUUGCAGUGAAUGUCUCAGCUGAGGUGUCAACUUUAGUGUUUUGAUGUUUCUAAAUUAGAAGUAGUUCUUUCCUUGAUACUGAAACUGUCCUAGAGACUUAACAUUCUUCUGUUCAGAGUUGAAUGUUGAUGUUAAACUGGAAAAAAAAAAAAUGGUGCUCAGUAUGUCGGUGUGCCUACAUAAAUGAGCUAUGUGUAAAAUUGCUUUUCAGUGUAUCAGAACUUAACUGUUAACGUUCUCUUGUCUUCAGUAUUGUGCUGUAUUAGUUCGGUGUCCUCCUCUCAUAGUGGCCUUGAGAAGAGUCAAGGCUGAACCUUGUACUUUUUGUCACUGUACUUAUAGUAAGGAAGGAUCAGAAUAAAUCAGCGUUUGCUGUGAGGACGUGGUGCUGACAAUAACCUAUGUGAUAAAGAAGUAUAAUUUCAGCAGA